UACAGCUGAAAAAAGGAUUUGUAUUUAGCCCUUUUUGUCAUAUCUACACUCUUCUUGCUGACCAGCACAAGUUUGUGAAAAAUAAUUCGAGAUUUUAAUCAGAAUUUGAAGGAUAUGUGUUUGGACUUUUGUUUAUGAAGAUGGAAUGUGAGUUCCAUCAAAGAAAUCGACCAUUAUGUUUGAUUAGUAAUAAAAAUUAUGUGUUGGAUUGUUUGUGAUAGUUAAUGAAUUUUGAUUUGAGUAGAGAAAAAUGGCAUGGAGUAACCUGUUGUCUAAUUGGCAAAUCGACCUGCUGGGCCUGCCUUGGGCUUCGUGUAAAGGAGAGAGAGAGAGGGGGGGCAACGGCUGAACUUUAUUCUAUUCAAGUUAUAGUUUUCGACACUUUGGUAUAACUAUUUUGCUGCUGAGAACGAGGCUGUUUUUCAAAGAAAAAGAAAAUAAAGAAGUGUGUGUAGGCUAAUUGUAUGAGGAUCACAGAGGCAAUUCAAGCAUAAAAAUUCCAUCUUUAUUGGUGAGUGCAGAAACAAGAAUGGAGAAAUGAAGAUUUGUUGCAAUUUGAGAACGCCCACUUAAGAGUUGGAUGUAGAAGCCAUUGCAGAGAGAGAAAGGUAGUGGAGGUGUGUGAAGAUUGCGCAUGAAGCAAUAAGUGGAAGCCAUGAAAGAUGAAAAUUGCAGACAGAGCAAGCUCUCUUGGUCAAAGAAACUGGUUAGGAAAUGGUUCAAUAUUAAGUGCAAAGGUGAGGAAUUUCAGGCUGAUGAAGAAGCUGUUUAUGGAGGGGGUGAAAUGGAGUGGAGAAGUUGCUUCUCUGAAAGGGAGCCAUUUACAAUCAAGAAAAGUAAAACAGAAGAUUCAGCAAAGAACAUGGAGCGUUCCUUUUCGCGUUCAAGGUCCCGGUCCAGGCGAGGGAGAGGCUAUCUUGAUCACCCACAGAUUUUAAACAUCCAAAACUACAGUGUUUUCGUGUCAACGUGGAAUGUAGGAGGAAAACCACCUAGGAGCAAUAUGAACUUAGACGAUUGGCUGCACUCAGCUCCUUCUGCAGAUGUAUAUGUUCUAGGUUUUCAAGAAAUAGUUCCUUUGAAUGCUGGCAACAUUCUUGGAGCAGAGGACAACGGCCCGGCUAAGAAGUGGCUCGCCCUAAUCAAACGAACACUGGACAAUGCUCCAGGCACUAGUGGAGUCGGGGGCUGCUACACAUCAUCUCCGAUGCCUGAUCCUGUUGCUGAGUGGAAUGCAGAUUUCGAGGGAUCAUCUAGGAACAAAGCCUCGACCUUCUUGCCACGUAGGUCAUUCCAAACACCACCACAACGCUGGAACAUGGAUAAUGACAUGUCAAUCCCACAGCCUCCCCUUGAUAGGCGACUUAGUGUGUGUGACCGCGUGAUUUUUGGUCACAGGCAGAGUGACUUUGGUGCGAAUGUGAGAUGGGGUUGUAGACCUAGCGAUUGCUCGUCUAGCCAGAGGACGAGCGACUUCUCUUGUGGCCCUCGUCCCAGUGACUACUCGUCUGGACCCCGGCCAAGUGACUACUCUUCCAGCAGAAGGCCUAGUGACUUCGAGGAAUAUCUGACUGGCGAAUCGCCUAGUACAGUCUUGCAGUCGAGGGGUUGUGCACCCGCAGAAGAUGCAUACACAGAGCCGGGAAGAUCGAGAUACUCUUUGGUUGCAAGUAAACAAAUGGUUGGCAUUUUUCUCACUGUUUGGGUUCGGAGUGAGAUGAAGGAACAUGUGAGAAACAUAAAGAUUUCCUGUGUUGGAAGAGGAUUAAUGGGCUAUCUUGGUAACAAGGGUUCCAUCUCAAUCAGCAUGAUGCUGCACCAGACCAGCCUUUGCUUCGUGUGCAGUCACUUGACAUCUGGUGAGAAGGAGGGUGACGAGCUUCGUAGAAACGCUGAUGUCAUGGAGAUCCUAAGGAAGACACGGUUUCCGCGGAUUAACAGCAUCAAUGAUGAAAAAUCACCCGAGACAAUCCUUGAACAUGAUCGAAUAAUUUGGCUCGGAGAUCUGAACUACCGAAUAGCUCUGCCCUACCGAUCUGCCAAAGCACUUGUUGAAAUGCAAAACUGGAGAGCAUUGUUAGAAAAAGACCAACUCCGGAUAGAGCAGAGACGAGGCCGAGUAUUUGAUGGAUGGAAAGAAGGGAAGAUCUACUUCCCACCAACGUAUAAAUACUCACACAAUUCGGACAGAUAUGCCGGUGAUGAUAUGCACCCAAAGGAGAAAAGACGAACUCCUGCAUGGUGUGACAGAAUCUUGUGGUAUGGAGGCGGUCUCCAACAGUUAUCAUAUGCACGAGGCGAAUCUAGAUUUUCGGAUCACAGGUCAGUCUCUAGCGUUUUCUGGGCUGAGGUGGAGCUAGUCCCCAACCGGUUCAGGAAAAGCACGAGCUGCUCGAGCUCCAGAAUAGAGGUCGAGGAGCUGUUGCCCUACACGCAUAGUUACACCGAACUCUGCUUCUUUUGACAAAGGGUACGCAGUACGUGCUGCAUUGCCAUACCGUAUUGCUGUCCUUCGUCUACCAGAUGUAGAUAUUCAGUUUUGGCGGACUCAUCAUCUCCUAACUUGCUACAUUUCCUCUCAAGAUUCUCAUUCUCUCAGGCCUUCUCUGAAUUCAUUUAACAGACAAAUCUUUCUGUUGCAGGAUGUAACCUAACAACUCAAGAUUCCAAGUUGUUUUUUUCAGGAUUCUUUGAUUAGUUAGAAUAGGAUCAUAGAUUUUUGACAAGGUGGGGAACUAGACAUGCUCAAAAUAAGCAGCCCCCUUUUUUUUUAAUUCAGAAAUUUGCAGUUUUCAAUGUAAGAAAGGAUUGGAAUCUUGAUGUAUAAACACUCAUUCUAACAUGAAAGUGAAAUAUCAAGCUUCUUGUUGCUUGUUGCCAA